CAAGAUGACGAGUCUGAAAUCCAUUCUUAUGCAUGAGGACAAUCGAGGCAUUUGUCUGAGAGGAGCUACUGGCCGUAAUUACUUGAAAACGGCUGCAUGUUAUGGUUACUUUAUAUGCAUUUAGUGUUGCUGUUUACCUGUCGAAUCUUUUUGUAUCUGAAAUUUGAUUUUGUUUCUUGGGCUUACCCUUUCUAGUAGUCUAACUCAAGUUAUUGGGUAAUUAGGGUUGAUGGACAUGUCUAGGAGUCGUUUCUUCUAUUGCCACGUGUUUUGGAGAUCCCGUGCAUUGACACUGUGAGUUUUCAUAAAUGACCCUUUAUCUUACUUUGUCCCCUUCCUUAAAGGACAAUCAUGGUUAUUGUCCUUAGGCUGUGAGGAUAUGGGCCAUUUUUCCAGUAUUAAAGAUUUUCAUUGUCUCUGAUGAUGUUUCCAUAAACUUUCGCUCUUCCCAGACUUGUUACAAUGAUGAAAAUAUAUGGAUAUCUAAGCUGAAGAAAACCAUUGAAAAUCUUUCAAUCAGGGACUAAUGAUUGAAAAUUCUUAUAGGAUGGUAGAGGGUUCAAACUUUCCCAUGGUUGUAUAUUUGAAAAGAAACUUUGAAUUUGUUUUGAUCUUGUUCCAAGGGUGGCUGGUUAUCACUGUCAACUGAGAAAAUAAUGUUUAUCUUAAGAUAAAAUUUGGGUCUAAUGCUUACAAAUGUACUUGCAUUGUAGUUUAAAAUUGCAACUUUUAUGUUAUGUACUUGCUGCUGUUUUUAUUGAUUUAGCUUUUUGUUUGCUUUACAAUAAGAGUUUAAUUGAUCAUAGAAUAUCUCCUUUUUCAUGUCGACUGAACUAACAUCUUAUUUUGGCAGUUGCGCGCUUUUUUGGAAUCUGUCAGAAAAAGACUAAAGUGAGAUCCUCUGUCGAAAAUGAGGUAAUUAAUAAUUUAUCUCCAUUUGUUAUUCACACCCAUUCAAUCCUUUUAUAGCCAUUUAUAUUUCAUAAUUAAAUUGUACUCUGAUACUAAUAAUUUUCUUCAUCUUUUCUAUUUCAGCCGACCAAUGGAAGAGGAUGUAAGUUGUGCCUCCUAACUUUUUGAUUGCAUUUAAGUCUCCUUUUUGACUGCAUGCUCUGCAGAAGCUUUGUUGAAAUUUUAAAUUUUUUCUUAUUUUCUGCAUAGGAAAUGCAUUUAAAUUUUGGCAGGGCCAUAUUCUAUGUGUGAAAUUAAUUCAUUCUCAAAGCAGAAUUACUUCCUGAAAAAGCUUAGUACUAUCUGGGUAUUCUGAGUAACUUGUGGUCUACUUUGACGUGUAUAUGGUUAAACCAAUGGAUAUUUGGAUAGCAUGAGCUCUUAAUUGUUAAAACCAUUGGCUGUGCUAAUUAUCCGCAACCGUAUAUUCCUGUGAAUUUGUCAUGUCAAAGUAAAUACUCAAAACUGUUUCUACAUGUGCAGGCAGUGAAGACUGAAGAGGAAGAAUUCAGUACUGGGCCUCUUAAUAUUUUGAUGAUGAGCGUGAAGAACAACACGCAGGUGCUGAUUAACUGCCGGAACAACAGAAAGCUUCUUGGCCGUGUGAGGGCAUUUGACAGGCAUUGCAAUAUGGUACUUGAGAAUGUGAGGGAGCUCUGGACUGAGGUGCCUAAGACAGGGAAAGGGAAGAAGAAAGCAAUGGAAGUGAACAAGGACAGGUUCAUCAGCAAGAUGUUCCUCCGUGGGGAUUCUGUUAUCAUUGUUCUGCGCAAUCCCAAGUGAAAUGAGUGUUAUAUCUGGCAGCUUGAUAUCACUUUUUGUUUGUAAGAUGCAAUCCUAUGCACAGAUGACCUUGCCAUAUUUGCAGUUUUAUGAGUGUCGGGAUUUAACUUUUGGAUGUAAUUCGCUCUUUUAACUUGUUGCUGGUUGUAAUUGAGGUAGUUUUGUUGACAGCAUAAUCAUAGAUAUUCCAGAUUGUAAAUUGAAUGAUCUCCUAUCUAUCAGUUUAGUGAACCCGUUUGGGUAAGUUUCUAUACGCUAAACGUCAUUAAAAUUUGUGCAUCAUAAUUCAUAAGUGCUCCCGAAUCGUUUUCAACAGCCUAUUUGUAAGUUCACAGUCGUUCAAGUUUUUGUGCAGUA